AUGAAGCUUUCUUCGACCUCUACCCUCGUCGCUGCACUUGUUGCCGGUGUCAACGGCGCCAGCAUUCCUCGAACCCAAGGCUCUGUCCCCAUCACCUUUAUCGGUGCGGCCGAUGCCCAGUUUACUCAGGACUUCCCAACAGAUGGAAGCAGCGUCGCCAUCACCAACCCUCUGAGCAUCUCCCACAUUGCCUCCAGCACCGACGGUGUCUCAUGCGUUUUCAAUGGUAUUGACAACAGCGUCACUGUUGUUUCUGAUGCAGAGACUGUAGACGUUGGGCCUCCCCAGACCCAGACCUCGGGUGCAUGCGCUGUUGGCUCAGUUCCCCCCGGUCAGUCCGAGCCUCGGUCAUCUGGCCAGGAUGUGGUUAUCACAUUUGUUGGCGCAGCAGAUGCUCAGUUCACCCAGGUCUUCCCGACCAACGGAGUUGCGACUCAGAUCUCGAACCGGCUCAGCAUCUCUCACAUUGAGUCUCACGCACCCGGUGUUUCAUGCACCUUCAACGGCAUUGACCACAGCGUUACCACUGUCAGCGGUGUCCAGACUGUUGAUGUCGGUCCUCCCCAGACCCAGAUCUCUGGUACCUGCCACCGCCUUUAA